AUGGCAUCGAACUUGCCGAGGUUUAUAGUCAUCGAAUCCGUCGAUAAGAUCGGGUACUUAACUUAUAUUCGUGAAGGCGGAAAAGCUGACGGGUAUCUGAGAUUCAUGGAACCUCAGGUUACGAGCCCGUAUGCAAAGUUCGAAGUUGAAAGUUCGAAAACUAGAGGUUUGGUGCAUAUAAGAAGUUGUCAAAACAACAAAUACUGGCAGCGAACCUAUCUUCCAUCUGUCCCUUCGGGACCCUGGAUCGUAACGACGUCGAAAGAGAAGGAGGAAGAUGAAUCGAAGGAGUCGUGCACAUUGUUCAAGUUUGUCUCCGUAGACACUGCUAUGAACACAUUCAGAAUCAUGCAUAUCCAAUCGGGUUGCUAUGUAUGGUCAUGGAGAUUGGAGGAUCCAAAGUUCGAUCACGGCUUAAUGUCUAACAACAAAGAGUUUGGUCGCCAAAGAGCUGAUGAAUUCACAAUUAUUGAUUGGAGUUUGUUACUGAUUCUACCUAGGUACGUUGCCUUUAAGGGUGAUAAUGACAUGUAUAUGUACCUUUACAGAAACAAUUUUCCGUGUUUCGCACAGACCGACGUCGGCGAAUCAACCGUAGCAUGCGAGAUUGUUCCUGCCAACGACGGAAACAUUCGCAUCAAGUCCCCUGAAACCGGGAAAUUCUAUAGGUGUGACUCGAAGUGGAUCUGGGCAGAUACCGAUGACACUACCGCCGACAACAUGGAAACCUUGUUUCGUCCCGUCAAACUUGGCGAUGAUAAGAUAGCCCUAAUCAGCUUGCGCAACAAUAAUUUCUGCAAGAGGCUCAGUGAAGGUUCAACGGGCAAUGGUGUUGCUGCAGUUGUGCACUCCGUUACCAAAGAAGCCCAAAUCACGGUGGAGGAGCAUAUCUUGUCAAGGCAAAUAUAUGAUGUUAAAUACGAUCUCGAUAAUGCCAGGGUCUACAACGAAACAGUCAUCGUCGUCGACCAGAAUUCCGCUAGCAACUUUACCGAAAAGGAAUCCUCUAUGGACGUCAAGCUCGUAAACAAAGAUGCCAAGAGUAGUUCUUGGAAGACUGAUUUUUCGCUAACGUUGGGCAUGAAGGCAUCGAUGGACAUCAGUGUUCCGCUCAUUUUCGAGGGGAGCAUCGAAAUGUCGGCUGAAGUCAAAACAGGAAUCGAGUUGGGGAAGGUCUUCGAAUCGUCCACCGAGGUAGAAGUCUUGCACAAAGUCGUUGUGCCGCCGAUGAGUAAGGUGACGGUUGACCUAAUAGCAACGAAAGGCAUGUGCGAUGUUCCUUUCACGUACAUGCAAAGGGACACUCUUUAUGAUGGAAGCAGCGUCUUAACUGAAGUUCAAGGUGGCACUUACUAUGGUUCUAAUUACUACAGAAAGAAGUUUGAGGCUCGAUCAGAGCAGCUUCCUCCAGGGAGCAAAAGGUAA